AGAAAAAUAGACAGAGAAGAUAGCAAAAUAAAUAUGCAAAGAAAAAAAUAUAGAGAGUGCGUUAUGAAAGAGAAAAGAAUUGAACGUUUAAUGUAAGGUAAUGUAGAGAGAGUGAAAGAGAUAAAAAUAUACAAAGAGAGGGAGAGUGAGAGGGGGAGAUCGAAUACAGAGAGACAGAGAAAUUGACUGCCAUUUUAUUGCUGCUGUUAGCUCCACUGUUACAGUUACAGCAACGUAACAUGCCAUUAACAGAGCUGGCCUUUGACCAAAGAUUCGUUGAGAAAAUGCACAAAUUAGACCGAGACUCGAAACCCGAUCAACUAAUCUACGUCAACUGUUUUAUUCAUUUAAAUUUAACUAAGUAGGCUCUAGGCAACGAGGAGGGAAAAUAGAAAAUUCAAAAGUAGGCUCUGUGCUCGGUAUCAAAACUCAUUCCAUAACACAUUCAAUUUCGAUUCAACUGCAUAUAUACAUACAUAUAUAUAUAUAUAUACAUAUACAUAUAUAUAUAUGUGUGUAUAUGUGCGCAUAUACGACAUUGAGAUGAGCAGCAAAAAUAUACACAAUGUGGACGAUCCCACCGAGGAUGCCCUGAAGGCAACGUCAUUCGCUCAACAUAUCUUCUCGAAGCCGGUUCGCUCCCCAGCGGAUCUAGGGAAAUGGAAGCGUUCGCACGCCUACAACGAUUUGAUCGCGUACAUCAAUAAUACCAGCAUGGCCAUACAGGGUCACCGGCAGAAUAGCAAAGACUUUGUCGUCACCAGGCAGAUGGAGAAAUUGAGCAAGAUCUUCAACUGGCUGGAGCGUCUGGUUCAGGAAUGCCAUCCCUUGGGCAUUGGGCAUGGUUUGUUACGCUGCGUCGGCAAUGAUAAGAUCAAUAUGAUGGAUUCGACAUUGUCGUUGCGCCAGAAAUGCCAUCGGGCGUACCGGCACUGGGUGAAGCUGGUCCAGGAGCGGGUCUACUCCAUAUUGGAGCUCCAGGUGAAGCCCCACUGCAAGCACAUCAAUGAGCUGGCCCAAUAUCUGACCCGUUCGUUUGGCAGCCUACAGCAGUAUGACUAUGGGCCCGGCCAUGAGCUGAUGUUCGUGUUCUAUUUGUGCAGCCUGUUCAAGUCGGGCAUAUUGGGUGCCGAUGAUACUGUGGCAGCCGUCCUAUUGCUCUUCCAGCGCUAUUUGGAUCUGGUGCGCCGCCUCAUCUCGUUCUUUCGCCUGACGAUCAGUCGCGAGCGCGACAGCAAUGUGGUCGAAGAGCGUAACGUCUUGCCCUACAUCUGGGGCUGUGCCCAGCUCUGCCGGAGCCAUCCGUUCGAUCCGCCCCAAUGGGAGCUGCCCGCGGUAAUGGAGACAUACCGCAAGAACUAUAUGCUGCUCAGCAGCCUGGAGCAUUUGCAGAAGAAAAUGAAUCAUGUGGCGCUCGGUGUCCACUCGUAUCAGCUCUGGUGUGUACUCUCCCUAUCCAAUUGGCCGGACGCCUACACUGGCCUGAUGGCCAGCUAUGUGAAGCAUGUGCUCAGUGAUUUCUAUACCAUCCAGGAUUUGGUAUUCUGUGAGAUGUUGUCCUUUACGCGUCAGCCCUCUGAGUAUUUGCAGCAGGCAUUUUUGGGUGAGCCGCCGGAGUUGCCGACGCCAAGCUCGUCAACGGGCGAUUCCGAAGAGCAGGAGGAGGAGAAGAUGGAGGAAGAGGAUGACUCAGAGACUGAACAACUGAUGCAGGAGUCGCGACACAUUCAAGCCAUUGAAAAGAAAAGGAAACUGAAUGAAAAAACUCGCAUACUCUACGCGGCCUGUCUGCCCGUACCGCUAUAUCGCAAUCUGAAGACGGACGUCUUUCUGGGCUUCCAGGAUCCGCGCAAGCCCAUCGAAAAGCCGGAUGAUACUACUGCCCAUGUGCUGCGGCGACCGCGCUGCCGCCAUGAAGCCGAACGCCGAGAGACGUCACCUGACUUAUACAAUAACCAAAACAAAACGGGCUCCCUUGAUUCGGAAAAUGCCAUAAAGGCAUUGACAGGCAACAUGUCCGGAGCGUCAUACUACACCAUCUGAUCUGACCUGAUCUGAGUGAAUCGCCAAAAGCUAACUAGCUGGCAGGCAGGCAGGAGCAAUCAUCUUUAUAUUUCGAUACAUUUGCAUAUAAACCUUCAUACAGCGAUAAAUAAAUAUAUAUUUGUCAUGCAGA